AUGGCACUCAACCUGGAAAAGCAGCUGCUCUUCUAUGGAGUCUACCAUAACAACCCGGUGAAUGUUGCCAUUCACAUCACUUUCGUUCCAAUCCUACUUUUCACUGGAAUCCUGCUGGCAUGUAACACUCCUACUUUCUUUUCCGUCCCCAGCCCCAUCUCCUACGAAUACCUGCCAGCCAAUCUUGGUACAAUCGCGGCCUUCGUCUAUGCCUCCUUCUACAUACUCCUAGAACCAGUCGCAGGCGGCCUCGUCGCACCGCUCGUCAUUGGCGCCGCCACAGCUGGCAAUUACCUCCUCGGAACCUACGGUACGAUCGUCAACUAUUACGCGGUGGGAGUACAUGUUGUGUCAUGGUUGGUACAGUUCAUCGGACACGGUAUUUUCGAGGGACGUGCGCCAGCGUUGCUUGACAACCUCGUUCAAGCCCUUCUACUUGCGCCGCUAUUCGUCUGGAUGGAGAUUCUAUUCUUCUUUGGCUAUCGCGCGGAACUGAGACAGCGUUUCCACCAGAACGUGGAAAUCGAGAUCGCAAAGUUCCGUAAGGAACAGGGGAAGGCCGUAGCAAAAUAA